UAGACCAAUCAAAAUUCGUUUGAUUUUUUUCGUUGUUGCUGAAAUUUGUUGAUUUUCAGAUGUACAGACUACUUUUCCGUUUUCCAAGCCUCUGCGAAGGAGAGUGUUGUAACCUUAGUUUAUACCCACUACUCCUAUUGUUCUUUCCUUUUGGUGGCUGCUGAGGUUUUCCAAUUUUUAAGAAUUACUUGUUUAAAUCUAACCUUCUGGAUUAUUGUGUUAUCAAACAUACUAAUACUUCGUUGGUUUUCAGAUAAAAAGCUGUAACUUUUAUGUUUUUCCAGCCUUUGCAAGGUUUCUUAUUCUUCUGUCGUCACCUUGUUUUUUUAUCUUUUUCCUAUGAUUUGUUCCGAUCUUUGUAGGUUCAGUUUGAUUAAUAUCAUUCAAAGUAUUUUAGUUUGCUGGUUUUAGAUAAGAAAGCCUUAGCUUUUAUCUUUUUACAUUGGUUGAUGAUUUGUUCCGAUCUGUAGAGGUUCACCAUACUGUUGUUGGUUUAUAUUUUUGUUGAACCUCUAUGCGUCUUCUUUUCCAUUCUUUUUCCCUUGCAGGUGCUCGAACAAAUACUUGCACAAACACUAUCAACAUAUAGUUUUAUUUUUCCAUUUGGUUUUGUUCACUCCUUUCUUUUUUUUUUGUGUGUGUUAAUUGAACUUAAUUUUCGAGAACUUUUGAUAGGGGCACAUACUCAUGGAAGAACUUACGGAGACAAAGGACCAGGACCAGGGAAUGGAUAAAAUAGACAACAUAGACUGUAUCUCGUAUUUUCCUGAUGAUGUCAUCUUUAAUGUGAUGGAUUUCCUUUCGACAAAAGAAGUUGUUAGAAGUUGCUUAUUGUCCAAGAGAUGGCAACAUAUGCAGGCUUAUUACCCCAAUUUGGAUUUUGAUCAAACUUAUUUUGGGAGAGAAUUAGCUAUUCGAAAACCCAAAAGUGGCAACUUGGUUGAAAGAUAUCCGGAUUUGGAGGAAAAAAGGGACAAUUUCAUCAGAUAUGUAGAUGAAACCCUGUUAAGAUUUCAUGAACAAGGCUUACGGAUCAGAAAGUUCAAUCUUUUCUUCACAAUAUUUGAGUCUUCCAUGGUUUCUCUCGUUGAUAAAUGGAUUGGAUUGGCCACAGAGGGCAGGGUUGAAGAGUUACAUCUCCGAAUGCAUACCCCACUUGAUGCAUUGUAUAUCUUACCCCAGACCGUCUUUGCAACAAAGUCAAUAAAGACUUUGAAGUUAGAAAAUUUCAAGUUGGAACAGCUGUUACAUCAGAGUAUAAGUUUUAGUUCUCUACAAAAGUUGUCUCUCAUUUGUAUACAUGUGGAUGCACCCAUGAUUGCAAGUAUUAUCUCUAGCUGCCCUUUGAUUGAGGAAAUUGAACUUAUAAAGUGCUUGGGGUUGUACAAGGUUCAUAUUUCUGAUCUACAUAACCUUAGGGUAGUUGUUAUAGUUCAACACCACGGCGUAAUUGAUGCCCACAUUGAAGCGCCAAGUUUGCAGAAAUUACGUUACGAAGAUGGAAAUUUUGACACGUGUCCCUGCAAGUUCAACUUAAUUGGCUGUCAUAAUUUGACAGAUUUAACUUUAAGAUGCGUCCUUGUUUCGGACCAGCAGUUCACUGAUCUUCUAUCCAAGUUUCCUCUCCUGGAGGCUCUACGUGUGCUUGAUUGCAGGUUGUUGGAAAGGGUCAAGAUUUCAAACCAACAUCUACGGCGUCUUAAAUUAUGUUGCCUUAAACUAGAAGAGGUUGAAAUUGAUGCUCCUAAGUUACAAUCAUUCUUUUAUUUUGGUGGAGUCAUACCGAUGAUAACAGCAACAAGUACUUCAGGGCAGUGGGAAGGGAAUAUCGAGUUAUAUUCGAAUCGUUGUAUGAACUCUCAUUCAUUCUGGAAGAUGAGAAAUUUGGUCGCGCAGUCUCAGAGUUUUAAACUUUUGACCUUGUCAAUCCAUUGCCGUGAGAUUUCAUUUACUGUGGAAGAGAUCAAAGAUAUUUUGUUUCCCUUAGUUCCUAUGGUUGAUCGCAUGAAACUCAAGUUAAGAUCAUCUUCAGAAGGUUAUUCAGCUCUCUUGGAUGGGCUUCUAUGGAGUUGUCAUCCCAAGAUUCUUUCCGUAAAAUUUAUGGAUUUGGAGUCCAGAAGGAAAUUUAUCCUGGUUCUCCGUGAGAAGAUUGUGCACAAAUUGGAUUUGAAUUGUGAACAUUUGGAAAGUAUCCUAGGUUGGCAGCAUGAAUUGAAAGAUGUUGAGUGCCAUGUUGGAGAUGGAAAGCCUCCUAAUUGGAAUGCAUUAUCAGACGAUUCUCUAAAUUUGCAGAAACGCCCAAAGUUGCACGCCACAUUCAAGUGGGCAAAUCAUCCGGGUGAACGUAAGGUGAACUGAGAUGGAAGGGAGUGAAGUAAAGAUGGCUCCAUACUAAAGGGAUUGAAUGAGAAAGGAAUUCAUGCGCUUCUAUGUUUGCUCACUUCGCUGUCGGAAUUGGCUUUUGAUGGGAGAAGGACGUGUCUCGCUUUUACUUGGUCUAUGGUUUAUCUAUUUGUUUGUGUUGUAAUAAUAAGUUAAUGACAUUUUAUUUGACGUUUCAUUCGUAUUUUUAAACAACAAAUCACUUGUACCCUAAUUUAUGUUUCCAUAAUUUAAGCCAUGUUUUGGUUUUAUGUGUUUAAUUUUGUCACUGCCGUAGGACGUUGUUUAAUUUUGCCACUGAAGUAGGACAUUGUUUCAUAUUGUGCCGUGUAUUAUUAUUUCUGGAGUCGAAAGUUGGAGAUCGUUCACUCUGUCGAUCAGUGAAAAGAUGCUCAGCUAUUGAGAUAUACGUUUUAUUACUUGAUGGGUUGCUGUCAUGCUGCUUUUCAUUUUUGGAUUUUUUUGAAUGCGCGAUAGACAUUUUUGCUUAGCUAUUCUGUCACAAGAACCAAACGAGUUUUACAUUUUUUCAUUUUUCUCGGCCACUAGUUAUGGAUCAAGAUCCUUUCACUUCA